CUUACUGCACUUCGCAUCCAGCAUCAGAAUAGCUCCUGAUAGUAGACGCUCGCGCUAGGAGCUCUUGCUGGUCUAGAGUUCAAAUUCAGGCUGAUCAGCGCAUUAUUACUCACGCAAUUCAAGUUGCGAGUUCUUCUUACGGUUGCCUCACUACAAGCUCUCCUACUCAGUGCCUUAUAGAACCCGCUCUGUGCGUGCACACUCCAGCCUGUUCGAGCUUUCAACUGCUUUUCUCGCUAGUAGCUUCGGGAGUCAAUAUGGCAGGAUCUGCGAUGGUCGUAGAGAGCUCUUUUCUAUCGUCGGCUAACCUCUUCAAGCCUAAGCUUCACUCGGACUCUUACGAGCUCGGAGUCGUUCUCGACAACUCGCUUCAGUCGCUCUCCGCGAAACCGGGGAGUGGCGUCAGCACCUCACGAAAGCCGCGUGUCACGAAAUGGGGUCUUCCCUGGGCGACUGGUAACCACGAAAUGAAACGCAUGGAUCUUGACACGGGUGGCGGCCUUGUUCACCAGGAUCAUCAGGAUCAUUAUGACAUGCGGGGAUCUGACGGAUUCAAGCUGCUGCCAGGAGGGACGCUUCCACUGAACGAAUCAAGUGCUGACAGUCGCGGCGUCGUCAUGCCAAGCUUCUUGGCGGAAGCGGGACGCAUUCAGGUUCUCCAGUCGUCCCCACCAUCGGCUGGACGAGCGGGAAUGAUCGACGGCGAGAUUCAGCGGCUCAUUCGGGAGAUGCGACUGGAGGAUCCGUUUUACGUCAUGGACAUCGGCGAGAUCGUCCGUCUUUUUACGGGCUGGACGGCCGCCUUUCCCCGGGUCCAGCCUUUCUACGCGGUGAAGUGCAACCCAUCCCCGCUACUCGUCUCCGUGCUUGCCGCUCUGGGAGCGGGAUUCGACUGCGCGAGCAAGGCCGAGAUUUCUCAGGUUCUGAGCAUGGGUGUGUCGCCUGACAGCAUCAUUUUCGCCAACCCCUGCAAGAUGCCGUCGCACAUCACCUUCGCCUCGGAAAUGGGUGUCCGUGCGACGACGUUCGACUCCGAAUCCGAGCUUGUCAAGGUGCACGCGUUGAAUCCCUCCGCCGUGCUGCUGCUCCGUCUGCAAGCCAACGACUCCACGGCUCGCUGCAACCUCGGCGUCAAGUACGGCGCGCUCAUGCACGAGGUGCCGUCCCUCCUCGCCGUCGCCUCGCGCCUCAAGCUUCACGUGGUGGGAGUUUCCUUCCACGUCGGAAGCGGCGCGGCCGACCCGCUGCCUUCACCCGCGCCAUCGCCGCGGCGCGCCAAGUGUUCGACAUGGCCGCUGACGUGGCACGAGCGGCGGACAUGCCUGUCAUGUCGGUGCUUGACGUGGGUGGCGGGUUCACAGCACCUGGCACAGGAUGCUCCGGCGGCAUGCCUUUCGCCGCGGCUGCUAACGCGAUCAACUCGGCGCUCGACCGCUUCUUCCCGGAGGCGAGCGGCGUGGCGGUGAUCGCGGAGCCGGGCAGGUACUUCGCCGAGACGCCCUCCACGCUCGCCGCGUGCGUCUUCGGGCGGCGCGUGCGCGGCGAGCGGCGCGAGUACUGGAUCAACGACGGGCUGUACGGCUCCAUGAACUGCGCGCUCUACGACCACGCCACGCUGCGCGCGCCCGCUUGCGCGCGCAUCCGCUUCCGCGUCCGACGGGUCUUCCGCGGACGGCGGCCUGGACUGCGGAGAGGUUGAGGUUAUUGACGUGAGCGGCGGCGGCAGCGGCGGCGGCGGGUUUGAGAAGGCGGAGGUUAGGGAGGGCCUGCCCCCAGAGGCGGAGUGCGG